GGGCGGCGCGACCCGAGCGGGGAGCCGAGUGGCGGCGCAGGGCCGGCAUGGCGUGGCCCUGCAUCAGCCGCCUCUGCUGCCUGGCGCGGCGCUGGAACCAGCUCGACCGCUCAGACGUGGCGGUGCCUCUGACCCUGCACAACUACUCGGACCUCGAGAGCGAGGAGCUGCGCCCGGGCGGUGCUGCCUCACGCACAGGCACGUCCCCCGCAGGCAUCCGGGACCCCGGCCGGGACGUGCCGCUCACUCAGUACCAGCGGGACUUUGGCUCGUGGCCCGCGCCCACGAGGCCGAGAGAUGCCACCCAGGGGCGCAGGCCGGGGGCGGUCGGCCGCAGGGGCAAGUCCCCCGCCUCCCCUGUCCGGGGGAUCUACGUGCUCCCCAUCGGUGAUGCGGACAUGGCUGCAGCAGCGACCACAUCGUACAGACAGGAAUUCCAGGCCUGGACUGGGGUAAAGCCGUCAAGAUCCACGAAGGCAAAACCCACCACAGUUAUCACAACCCACAGCUCUGGAUGGGAUGGCAGCCCUGGGGCCAGCUUCCAGGUGCCUGAGGCGAGGAAGAAGUUCACUCCUAACCCCUCAGCCAUUUUUCAGGCUUCAGCCCCCGGGAUCCUGCACGUGUGACAGCCCGGCAGGGAGCAGCGCCACUGGGCGGGGCGGGGGUCAGAACCACCGCGCCAGGACACUGCGGUGGGAGCUCCCACGGACCGUCCGCUGCUGCCAGAGGGGGAGGGUCCCUCUUUCCCACCGUGGGCGCCGUCCCCCUUCUCCAAGCUGCCACCCAGCCAGCCGCAGGCCUGCGCACAGCAGAGGACAGACAGACGUGGCACCACCAGGCUCAACUCUGGACCUCAGCCGUCCUCUUCCUCUUCCUCCUCGAAGAAGGGAGCGUGCGGAAGGCUUCCGGUCUUUUUAAAGGGCCCUUUUUCGACACCCUUCGGUUUUUAAAUCUGGAGAACCUGAGGACCAGUUCUGUUGCGAAGUGAACUGGUUGGGGGGGGGGGGGGGGCGCUGAGGUGUAGGGACCUCACGGGCCCUUGGAAGAACCCGCAGCGUCCACCUCGCUUCCCCAGGCUGCACAACGGUGCUGUCACCUACGGCGGGCAGCCCAGGGGAGUGCCUGUCCUACAGGCGGCCCCACACGUUCAAGUUGUAGAAGAAGUCUUAGGUUGUCACCUGCAUGCGAUUCACAGUCAUCAGGAAGUAAUUUCCAAAAGAAGAGGGUACCGAUCACAGGGUUUCAGUUUCAAAGACACAACUGAUGGCCAAGAUCCCUUAUGUUUUAACCACACAUCAGCGUUUCUUGGGAUGAGUGCUCAGACUAGUGAACCACCGAAUGCCGCUUCCGUUGUGCGAGGUUUCUGAGCCCCACAUUCUAUUACCCGUUCCACCUUUUCUUCCCAUGUUGACAAUUUGAAGGGAACUUCCAUCCACACUUUCUAAGAAUCGGGAGUUUUUAGAAGAUGGCUGCAUCAGUCCCUGCAGGACCGACCUUGCCCGCCCGGCCUGCCCGCUGGGGACCGGGAGCUCACUGCCUGCUGAGGAGGCAGCCCCUUCUGUCCUUGGGAAACUCUCUCUCCUUUCUCCGCGAGUCCCGCCCGUGCGAGUCCCACCCGUGCGAGUCCCACCCGUGCGGUGUGGGAGCGAGCCUGGUGUGGGAGCGAGCCUGGUGCCGUUUGCAUCGCAGCCCUUCACACACUGGGGAGGAGUUUAUUUCCUUCUUAAAGAUCAGAGGCACAGCUUAGGCUAAUUCUGGUAAGAAAACUGGAUGGAGGACUUCCCUUUGGAUCUGUGUCCCUCUCCAGCCUCCAAGUGGCUCCACUCUGGAGCACUUACCUAAGCCAUAAUAGAGGCGGCACUCGGGUCUCAGAACCCCCUCAGAGUGCAGGCCGCAAAGGGGGCAAACCCGUGGGGGUGCUAGUGCUGGCAGGCAUGGCCCGCCCCUCAUCCCUGCAAAGGGAAUGGAUGCUCUGAGAAUACUGGGAGGGGAACCAAACCGCGUGCUUACACAGAGUCCUGUUCUUUCAGACCUCUUCGGUUUAGGUGUUUCUAAGGGACUGCCUGCUGGGCAUUCUGUGGGACGUGAGCACAUUAACUGAACAGUCUCGGAUUUUACUAACAUGCA